UCUGACAUAAGUCAAAACGUAGAAAUAGUGACAUACACAUUUCUGAAUAACUUAUCGUCUUAGGUUGUUUAAAUUCGUCUUUUUCGUAGAUUAAGUAGUGAUGAGUGGUGUUAUAAUAAGAAGAAAUAGUUUUCCAACUUAUGAAAGUGUAAAAUGCGAUUUACCCAAGACGUCAGUUCCUGAAUACAGCAGUUCAGAAGCUAAGAAAACUAAUAAGCAUUCGUAUCCACUUCCACAGAUAGCUAUCAAAAAAACGAAGAAUGGGCAGAUUGUUGAUGGACUUCAAAUUGGCCUACUGAAUGGUUGCUGGGACACCUCAGAAAAAAUACCAAGUAUUGUUGCUGAGAUGUAUGGACAAAAUUGCAAUUUAGAUGGUAAAAGCGAAGAUAGUGAAGUUAGUAACUCUGGAAGUGAUCAGCCAAAUGAAAACCUUUCUUGGCUUUUAGAUUACAAAUUUAGAGAUCUUGUUCCAUUUCCUGAAAAGAAGACGAUGUGAACGAAUUGAUCCACUGCUAGAGAUAAAAUUAGAAUUAAAGAUCAUUUUUUAUAUUUGGGAUGUUAUGAUAUUUUGAGUUUGUAAUUUUGUAAUAUUGGAAUUAUCUUUACCUUACCAUCCGAGAAUUUCUUUUCCAUUAUUUAAUACCAUUUAUUGAUAACUAAUGAAAAAUUAUAUUAUUGAUGUUGUAUGGAGGAAACCACUAGAUAGAUAAAUAUGAAAAAACAAAAGCUC